CAUCACACUGGCGGGACCUGCCCAGUGAUGUCAUGAAGUGACAUCAUAAAGCUGGGAGGGAUGUUGGAAGCUCACAGCUGCUUCCUCCAGGAAGUCGCACAACAUUUCUGGGACCACUUCAGCCUCUGAAGUCCCAAGGACUGUGUUGCGUUGAUACAUCGAUUUAGCCAUUGCCUAGACAGGAGGAUCGACUACAGAGAGUGAAAGACUUCUUCCGAGUGCUGGGCUCACCUUGAUGGAGCCGGACAUUCUCCAAAGCCACGCAGACACGAACCCGUGUGGCCGAGUCCCUGAGCCAGGGCCUCAGUCCCCAGCACCUGUGGGCAAAGGGAUGCCCGGGAUGGUCCAGGGCGGGCUGAGCACCCUGUACCUGCACUUUCUCUCCUUGCGGGUGGGGCUCCUGGACUGGUAUUUCUGCUUCAAGCAAAUCCAGUGGGACCUCCUGCGGUGGAUCCACGCCUCCUUCGAACUGGCCACUGACUUCUUUUUCUGCUGGGCCCAAAACAUCCUCUUGGCUUCCAUGAUGCUUCUGCUGCUGGCCUGGAGGGCUCGGGACGGAGCCAAGGAACGCGGGUGGAGAUCAGUGCUACGGGGCUUGGCUCCGAAGGGUCUGAUCACUCGGGUUUUUUCCCUGCUGAAGGCCUGCUGCCGAUACCUCGAGAGCCUUGUGGCUCGGGUCAUUUGGGGUCUGGCUUUCCGCUUGACUUGCCCCAUUGCCUGCAUCACCCAGGCCCUGGAAAGCACCUUUCAGCAUGCUGUCGAAAUAGCAAGCGAGGAGGAAGAUGAAGAUGAGGAAGAGACUGCGCUGGUGCCAAUGCCAUGCCGCGCCACCUUUCUCCCUAAGCAAGAGGAGCGGACCUAGCUGGCGUUCAAUAAAUGGCACUGGAAGCGA